UGUGAUGUGGUGGUGUCUGCAGUGUGCCCGUGCUCCCCACUGAAGACUGAGACUUAAGGUGCAUCCAUUUCCACAAGGCAUUAUAAGGAGGUGCAAGAAUUUAACUUGCAAAUAGCAUUCAUCAGAAAAGAAAAUUCUUGGCACUGAAUUCCCAAGAGGUCAAGGUCAAUUCUGACUUUUAAAAAAGUCUUACCAUCACCAAGAAGAGUGACAGUACCUGAAACUCCAGUCUGCUAUAUCAAAUCAGAGAACCCAUCUCUUCCAACAUGGCAGGGAAGAAAGUGCUCAUAAUCUAUGCACACCAAGAACCCAUGUCCCUCAAUGGGUCCCUGAAGAAUGUGGCUGUUGAAGAACUGAGCAAGCAAGGAUGCACAGUGACUGUGUCUGACUUAUAUGCCAUGAACUUUGAGCCCAGGGCCACAAGAAAUGAUAUCACCGGUGCCCUCUCUAAUCCUGAAGUCUUCAGAUAUGGGAUAGAAAUCUAUGAAGCCUACAAGAAGACAGCUCUGCCCAGUGACAUACUUGAGGAGCAGAGAAAGGUGAAAGAAGCUGAUCUAGUGAUAUUUCAGUUCCCACUAUACUGGUUCAGCGUUCCAGCAAUCCUAAAAGGCUGGAUGGACAGGGUGCUGUGCCAAGGGUUUGCCUUCGACAUUCCAGGCUUUUAUGACUCCGGUUUUCUCAAGGGUAAAUUAGCCCUCCUUUCCUUGACCACUGGAGGUACAGCUGAGAUGUACACAAAAGCAGGUGUCAGUGGAGAUUUCCGGUACUUCCUAUGGCCACUCCAGCAUGGUACACUGCACUUCUGUGGAUUUAAAGUCCUUGCCCCACAGAUCAGUUUUGGUAUUGACAUUUCAUCAGAAGAAGAAAGAAAAGUGAUGGUGGAAUCAUGGGCCCAGCGGCUGAAGAACAUCUGGAAGGAAGAGCCUAUCCACUGCACACCACCUUGGUACUUCCAAGAGUAACAUUUUGUGCUCUGAGUACAGCUAACAAGCAGCACAGUGAGAGACCUAAAGCAUGAGCAAAGAGAGGUGGUGCUGUGUCCAGAAAUGUAGUUCCCAGUGCCCACCAAUGAGUGUCCUCAGUUACAUGCAAUUAGAUCAGAUAUUUCAAUAAUCAGCUUGGUGCACUGUAUUCAUUCUGCCUGGUCAUUAUUCACUCAUUCUUCAUUUCUUUAAUAUUCCCCUAAAAUCUCUCAUUAUUCUCAACCUUCAUAUAUAGUUUUCUAAACAUGGAGGUAGAUUUGUUUGUUGUUUCAUUUUGUUUAACUUGACUGUUUCCCCCCACACACAAGAAAGAUGAACCCAUUUAUACUAAUGUUUUAGUGCUAAAUUUUUAAAAGUUUUUGCUAAAUUUUUAUUUAUCUCUGUCUCUUUUUUGCCUUGGGGGUUAUUAUGAUGUUUUAAUUGAGUAGCAGUCUAACUUUUUAUUAUUAAAUAUAUACAGUAAGGGUUUUUUAUCAUUUAGUACAUCAAAGCCUUUGAUAGUAUUCUAUCACUGUUCACAGAGUGUUAUAUGAAUAACAGUUAAUAGUGACCCUGAAAAGUAGGCAUAAAUAUAUGAAGACAUUUCCUACCCCUCAUUGUCAUCACUACUGAAGACAAAAGGACUGAAAAAGUAGGUAAUCUGAUCUAGACCUUAAGAGAAAAAUGAAGAUAUUUCAAAAAUUAAAAAAUAUAGUUUUCAAUGACUGUACAUUAAUAAAGAAAUUUCUUUAAAUUAUGUAUCUU